AUGUCCACAAUAGUGAAGGAAGCUUCCCAAAGCUCAUACCCACCCGUCAUUCCCAAGGACUUCAACGGUAAUCAACCCAAGACCAUCCGCCUGUUCCCUCUCAGCAACUACACGUUCGGAACCAAAGAUGGCCAGCCAGAGGAAGAUCCGUCUGUACUUGCGCGAUUGAAACGACUCGAAGAACAUUACGCAGAGCAUGGUAUGCGACGCACAUGCGAGGGCAUCCUAAUCGCAAACGCCUUCUUCAAGCUCCCCGGCGAUUAUCUCCGUGCCGAAGACGACGAAAUUGAGGGCUUCAAGGCAAGGCUGAACGAGCGCCUCGCACCCGUCGGCACGCAAUUCACUGGCGAGGGCGUCAACGAUGAGUGGGUAGUUGGUGACACACUGGCGCAAUGGUGGCGCCCCAAUUUUGAGACGUUUAUGUAUCCCUUCAUACCCGCGCACGUCACCAGGCCAAAAGAGUGCAAGAAGCUCUACUUCAUCCAGCUUCCACGUAGCAAGGUUUUGAGCGUCCCCAAGAACAUGAAACUCCUGGCUGUCCCGCUAUUCGAACUGUAUGAUAACACCGCACGUUAUGGACCCCAACUGUCGGCCAUUCCGCACCUUCUAUCCCGCUACAACUUUGAGUUUGUCGACGAAAAGGGCAACGUCGCUGCUUGCACACCUGGUUCAGGCGCACCCGACGGAUAUCAUCCCCAAACAAAAGUCCUAGCAGGAGGAGAUGGAGAUGAUGUCAGAAUGGAGCAGAACGGAGAUGGUACUGGUAGCGACAUCACACUCUCCUAGACACUUCUGGUUGAUUUUAUUUUCGACUAUUCCAUCGGCCGAAACAUACACGACGUUCAGUGCACGAACCAUAGGAGCCGGCAAGCUGGACUACUCUUGUUGCUGUGAUCUCAGUAAUAGGGUAAUAGGCAUGAAAAUUGAUUGCGCUAAGAGCACAUGGCUACUGCGUUUCCAAGCAGUGGUUGAAGGAACUGUCUGUCACAGGGUUCAGUUCGCACUGUAUUUGCUACGUAUUAGGGGUAAGGAUUGGUGAGAGAUUGGGCGUUGAGGUGGAGACGAGAUGCCACGCACGGAAGCAGGGUCAUAAGCUCAUCAUUUCUCUACACUGCUCUCAUAUAUUACAAGCACAACCAGAAGUCUGUGGUGCAAAUGCCGAGCGUUACUGGUAAUUUUGCCAAAAGAAUAUCCAACAUGGUACAUGAUUUUGA